UAGAAAAUUGUAGAAAAUAAAAAGAUAAUAACUGCAAAUUAAGUUAAAUGUUUUUAGUGCGUGAUGUAAUCAACAAAUAAAAACACAAGAGAACACAGCAACAUCUAUCCAGAUGAGAUAAAUUUAAUCGAGAAAAGAUAAGCUGACUGUUAUAUAUAAAGAAAAAAAACAUCGUAAUUAAAAAACCUAGAUACAAAUUACUUUUUACAUUAUCAGAAAUUUAAAAAGUAGCAAAAAGUUACGAAAUAGUUUUUGGUACAGAAAAUGUUGAUCAGCGAACAAAGCAGAAAAAGUUCGUUGCCCAAUUUUCCGCGCCCUGAUAGAACAAUUGAUAAAUUUGAGGAGUAUUCAAAAGAUUACGAUAGCUCCUAUGACGUGUUUGGAAGCUUAUCACCAAUUCACUACCACUGUAUUUCAGUGGGUAAUUCGCGCAAAUCAUCAUUUGAGAAUGAUCGACAAUUUUUUUGUGAAGAUUCGUUAAGUUCAAGUGAUUCUUCUUGUUAUAGCAACGAUUGUACAAUAGAUGCUUUAGAUGCAAUCGAAAACAGACAUUUUGAAAACGCUUUAGAAUGCGGUUAUUUUGAUGGCGUUCAGUUAGAAGUUCGAAAAGAACGUAAAAAAAGCUAUAGAAAAAUUUCUAGUAACUCAGAAAAGCUCUAUGAAGAAAAAGUUGACACACCAGAGUAUUUAAAACGAACUAGAAGCAGAUCAUUUGAGUAUAUACCUCUUUUGAAAAACAGUAAACGUAAGAAUGAUUUUGAUGCAAACUCUGAAAAAAUGCGAAAUGAGUUAGUUGCCAACGGAAUUAAUCUUUUUGAAGAGAGUAACACGACACUUGAUGAAGUCCAUGAGUUACAGCAACGUUUUUAUUUAGGACUACAAAUAAAUUCAAUUCCUUCUAUUACGAUUCAAUCAAUAGACGACUCAUCGACUAUUUCAACAGUCUCUUCACGAACACGAAGCUUGUCUCUUGUAUAAAACGAACGCAAAGCUUGUUACUAUAAUGGAACGAACACGAAGCUUGUCUCUCCAUAUAAGUAUAUAUAUAUAUA